AUGGCUCAGGACUCGGGUAUCGCCACACCGGGAACGUCGACGACGACAAUGGGCGGAGCGGAGGCUGACGACGGCAUCCGUCCGGCGCUGCAAGUCAUUGUGCUGUUGGCAAAGGUCCCUGUCGCACAUCGGCCGGCAGCCAGUUAUCUUCGAACCCUCACCACGAUGCUGCACCGUCGAAGUGCACCAUUCGUCCCGGGGAUCCCUGGUUCCAUGUCACCAGGCCAUGUGGAUUUACUAUUCGCUUCCGCGACCCUUUUGGCACAUCCCACUAUUUUGCGCGCGCGACCAGCGACGAAGCUCCACGCUUUCCUUGCAACUGUGGGACCAGCCAACGACAACCUCUGGUUUGCCGGCUCAAGUGGUGGUCCGCUGGAGAAUAAUGUCACGGCUAUGCUCGUGAGAUCUCUCGAUGCUGGUUGGUCUCGAGGCUCGAUAGUUGCGGUUGACGCUGGCGUCCACCUGUCAGCUAUCGCUAGGAUCCUCGAGGAAACCCAGCCGCCAGCGCUUGGCGACGAAGUUGCUCUGCCUCAUGUGCUGGAGUCUGGCCCGUUUGCGGGCCUUGAAGUCAGGACGAAAUCCCCGUCGGCAAAUGCAGCCCACAUCACCAGACAAUUAGUUGAUACAUACCUGAUCACGCAUCCCCAUCUGGAUCACAUCAGUGGUUUUGUCAUCAACACUGCGGGUCUUCCAGGCACCAGGCCCAAACGGUUAGCCGGCCUGCCUUCCACGAUAUCAGCCUUCAAAACUCACAUUUUCAACAAUGUGAUAUGGCCCAACUUGUCCGAUGAGAACAACGGUGCUGGACUGGUUACUUACAUGCGUCUUGUGGAAGGCGGCAGUCCUGCCUUAGGCGAGGGGGAUGGAAAGGGCUACCUUGAGAUUUCCGACGGGCUUGCCGUGAAGAUGUUCGGUGUUAGCCAUGGCCAUUGCAUAGAACGGCAUAGCCACAGAGGAUCAACGUCAUCGUCACGGAUUGGAAGCACCGAUGUCUCGAUGAUGUCGCCGAGAGGAGCCCCUGGGAGUAAUGCUGCCUCAGGCCCCAGCAGCGCUUUCAGGACUACCAGCCUGGCGCGCUCUUCCGGGGGCGGUCAGGAACAGGAGUCGAUAUGCGUCUAUGACUCCAGCGCCUACUUCAUUCGCGACCAUGCCACAGGGCGCGAGGUGCUGAUUUUUGGGGAUGUCGAACCCGAUAGCAUAUCCUUAUCUCCACGAAACCUUGGUAUCUGGCAAGAGGCAGCUCCAAAGAUCGCCAGCGGCCGACUUCGUGCCAUCUUCAUAGAGUGCAGCUACGACGAUAGCCAGACUAAUGAUCGGCUCUUCGGCCACCUGGCACCGCGAUUCAUCAUGGAGGAGAUGCGGGCGCUGGCCAGCGAGGUGGAGACGGUCCGCCAGAACCCCAUCAAGCUCGAAACGACUAAGAAACGGAAACGAGAAUCGGACGCAGCGAUCCGUAGAGCAAAUCGGAUAGCAGCCAGGUCUUCCGGCGAUGAUCACCCGGUGUCGCCAAAGUCGACCAGGCCGCGAGGGUCGAUAUCAGGAUCGGACGGCGUCACUUCGCCCAUCCCGACCCCGAUUCCAACGCCUCAUCUCGCCACGCCGACUGCGGAGCUGACGCUGAAAGAUCUCGACCCGACAGUUCAGGCUGCAUUCCCGGUCAAGCCAUCAUCGGUAAACCCUCUGGCGGGGCUGAAAGUGGUGAUCAUCCACGUCAAGGACAACUUUAGCGAUGUGGAGACAACUGGUGAGAUCAUCCUGAGUGAGCUGCAGGAUUAUGAGAAAGACGCCCAGCUGGGCUGUGAAUUUGUGAUUUCGAGCAAAGGGGAGAGCUUCUUGUUAUAG